ACAUUUAGAUAUGUUAGAGGAUGGCAGUUGUCCGGAAACUCAAAUGUCAAUAAACAGAGUUUAAAGAAAAACAGACCUGCUUUCCGUGAUGGAGUUCCCCCAGCAUUCCCAGCAGCUACUGUCAGCUCUGCGUUCCCAGCGCCAGCGGGGCUUCCUCUGUGACUGCACUGUCCUGGUGGGCUCAUCCCGUUUCCUGGCUCACCGGGCUGUUUUGGCCUCCUGCUCGCCUUUCUUCCACAUGUUUUACUCAGAUUCCCCUGGGGGCAAUGGUGGUAACGGCAGCAACAGCUCUGUCACACUUGACAGCGACAUUGUCACAGCUGCUGCAUUUGGCUUGCUCCUAGAUUUUGUCUAUGAAGGUGUGCUGCAGCUGGAAGAGUCUCCACCAGUGGAGGACAUAUUGGCAGCUGCAAGCUUUCUGCACAUGAACGAGGUGGUGAGAGUGUGCAAGAGACGACUGCAAAGACGAGGGCCUCUGGCUGAGGCGGACAGCACUCGUUCUGAGGAGAGCGCAGGUGUGAGGAAGGCAUUCCAGAUGGGAAGAGAAGGUGGCGGUGACACUGGAGCUGAGCCUGUGAUGGCCAUGGCAGGAGAUAACAUGAAUCCGGUUGCCAUGGCAGUGCCACUCUCACCAGUGUCUGUAGUGGCUGAGAGGAGGCAGUUGGAGUCUGUGAAGUCUGAGCGGAGGACUGGUGGAGGGUCAUCAGAGGCACGAGUUCACACUCCUCUGAGCCCUGACCUUGCUGAUACCACCCAGCCAGGCAUGGACGCCCCUCCUCUGCCCCCAGGCGGAGAGCUGGUGCAGGGCCUCAUCCCUGGCCAGUCUGUCCCUGGUCACAUCAGGUUGGGGACUGGAGGUCAGGGGGAAGGGUCUGCACUCUGCAGCCCUUGCAGCACCACAGAGACAUACAGCCACAGCAGCAACCAGCAGCCCUCUUCCUCAUCUUCUUCCUCCCUGGUCUCAGUGAGUUAUGCUGGUGGUCGGUCAGUGGUUGCUCUUUCAGAAUCCAGCCUCUCCCCCAGCCCACAUCAGGACUUACCACGACUGCUCCAUGACAAUGACUCUAGUAGGAAACCCUCAGAGACUGACCACAGAGGUACAUUAGGCGGAGGACAACAAAUGGUCAUGUUAAUCCAAAAGUCAGUACCCACCUCACACUUACAGACCAACCCGACACACUCGCCGAUUCAACGUGCACCUCCCCAAAUCCGAAUCCAGAGCGCUGUGUCACUCCAACGCCAAAGCUCUGACUUUCACACUGCACCUCAGACACAAACCCUUAAGGGACCUGAAGGGGAUACGGGAGCUUCACCUACCACUAGAAAUGUGGGCAGAGUGAGGACAGACAAUAGUGAUAGAGAGAAUGUGAAAGUCAAAGUGGAGGCCAUUGUUAUAUCUGAUGAAGAGCUGGAGGAGGUGAAAGAGAGAAGCAGAGAGAGAGAACCAGUGAUGGAAGUGGAGGAUGAGUUUGAAGAUGACAUCCAGGAUGAGGAGCUGAACAGCCCUCAGUUUCUCCAUUCUCACCCGCAGGGCCUCCAACAGAUGACCUCCCAUGACUACUCCUUCCCUCUCUCCCCCUCCUCCUCCUCCUCUGGUGCUGCCCCUUCCUCCCAGGAAACCUCCUCCUUUGCCGUUUCCCUCAUUCCUCCGUCCACAGCCCAGCAGCAUUCAGACCCUCCUGCCUACUUCCAGGACUUCCAGGACUCUAUGGGGAAUUUUGUGGAGGAUGUCCCCACAUGUGGCGUAUGUGGGAAGACUUUCUCAUGCACGUACACACUAAGGCGUCACGCCAUUGUGCACACACGUGAGCGCCCUUAUGAGUGCCGCUACUGCUAUCGGAGCUACACACAAUCAGGCGACCUGUAUCGGCACAUUCGCAAAGCUCAUGACCACACGCUGCCAGCCAAACGCAACAAGGCAGAUGUGGAGCCCUCCCAGCCACCACAGCCACCACCACCUCUUAGCUAACACAAACAGGCACACUGUGGUAUUUCUAUACUUUAACACUCAUACCUAAACUUUAACUGAAUAUUCUGACUCUACUUCAACCCUAAAUCAAGUGGGGCUGCAAUUAUUAGGGAUCGACCAAGUAAACGUGUUACUGCGUUACAUUUUAAAGGGGGGGGGGGGGGUAAAACAUCUUCUUUCGUGAUAAUAAUAAUAUAUGAUAACCAGGUUACCAGGUGUAUCAGUUCACAGGUGAAAACGGCACCAAAAUCAACCAAUUAAUUCCAGUCAGGCUCUUUGCAGC